CUGAUUUUGGUCUUGUAUGUUUCGGUCAUUUUCUUCGUCGGGGAGAGAGAAGAUAAAAGCCACACACAAAAGAAACCAAAAUAGUGAAUUGACUAAUGGGCUUGGGCCCAAAGAUCUCUUUAGUAACAGAAAAUGCGUGACUGACCAAACACGUUCAACAGAAUGCUCAGAGCUUAAACCCUAAUAACCUCGCCAUUUGCAGGAUUUUGACUUUUUGAGGUUGUUGUUGAAAAAAAAAAAAAAAGAUGAGUUUCAAGAAUGUAAAAGUUCCCAAGGGUCCAGGUGGAGGUGCCAUAGCUGCGGUGCUUAUAGGUGGGCUCGGUCUCUACGGCGCCACACACUCUUUCUACAAUGUCGAUGGAGGACAUCGAGCCAUUGUCUUCAACCGCCUUGUUGGUAUCAAAGACAAGGUUUACCCUGAGGGUACUCACCUUAUGAUUCCGUGGUUCGAAAGGCCAAUCAUUUAUGAUGUUCGUGCACGUCCUUAUUUAGUCGAGAGUACAUCCGGGAGCCGUGAUCUGCAGAUGGUUAAAAUUGGGCUUCGGGUUCUCACCCGUCCCAUGGCUGACCAAUUACCACAAGUAUACCGAACUCUUGGUGAGAAGUACAGCGAGAGAGUUUUGCCUUCGAUUAUCCACGAGACCUUGAAAGCUGUGGUUGCUCAGUACAACGCAAGCCAGCUUAUUACUCAGAGAGAGGCUGUGAGUAGGGAAAUCAGGAAAAUCUUAACUGCACGGGCUGCUAACUUCAACAUUGCGCUGGACGACGUGUCCAUCACGGGCUUGACAUUUGGAAGGGAGUUCACGGCAGCCAUUGAAGCAAAGCAGGUGGCAGCUCAAGAGGCUGAGCGGGCUAAGUUCAUUGUUGAAAAGGCUGAACAGGACAAGAGAAGUGCUGUCAUCCGCGCUGAGGGAGAAGCUAAGAGUGCUCAGCUCAUAGGUCAAGCAAUCGCAAACAACCAAGCCUUCUUAACGCUGAGGAAGAUUGAAGCGGCUAGAGAGAUUGCACAGACCAUCUCAAACUCGGCGAAUAAGGUCUACUUGAGCUCUAACGAUCUGCUUCUUAACCUACAGGCUAUGGACCUUGAUUUGAAGUCAAAGAAGUAGAAGGGGUACGACGAUCAUACCAGACCAAAAGCUGAGAUUUCGAUUCUUCAAAGUAAAACUAUUCUUGUGAAUUUCAGACCGUAUCUUGCGUGUUGCAAUGUUUUAUUUUGAGACACAAAAAAAGAUUGUAAUAUUACAAACUUCUUUAAUUACGGAGAUAAAUAAUAACGUGCACAAUGCUGGAAAAA